AUGCAACAACUCUAUCAAGACGUUUUAAAAGCUAUAUUAAUUUUGGAUCAAGACGGAAAACGUAUUUUGGGCAAAUAUUAUGACAAGCAAAUACUUGCCACAGAAAAGGAGCAAUCUGCUUUUGAAAAAAAUCUUUUUCAAAAAACACACAAGGCUAACGCAGAAAUAAUUCUUUUUGACGGCUUUAUUUGUGUUUAUCGUUCAAAUGUCGAUUUAUUCUUUUAUGUUAUUGGAAGUUGUAAUGAAAAUGAAUUAAUUUUGCAAAGCGUUUUGAAUUGUUUCUACGAGGAUUUUUACAAGAAUGCUAGCAGCUUGGAUGAGUCUAAAAGUGUACAACAACAAAAACAGAGGAAGCAGACCAAAAACAAAAUUGAAAGACGAAUUUCGAAGGGGCGUAGAAUUCGUUAUGUGGAGAUUGAAAAAUUGGUCAAUUUUUUCCCUGCUGUGCCUGAACGGAUUCCUUGGUCACAUGAACGGAGGGACGAGUUAUUCAAGUCUUUAUUUGUUUAA